AUGGCGCUCAGCCUCGCGCGCGGCCGCCGCGUCUCGCUGGCCAAGGUCGACGCGUUUGCGGACGGCGUCGCCGUGAAGCUGGUCGGGGCGGAGACGUUCCGGCUGUGCCGCGAGCUGCUCGACGGGAUCGUGCUGGUGUCCAACAGCCAGAUCUCCGCGGCGAUCAAGGACGUGUUCAACGAGACGCGGUCGAUCCUGGAGCCCGCCGGCGCGGUGUCUGUAGCGGGGGCCAAGGCCUACUACGACGCGCACCCGACGGAGCGCGGCACGACGGCGGUGUGCGUCACGAGCGGCGCGAACAUGAAUUUCGACCGCCUGCGCCUCGUCUCCGAGCUCGCUGAUGUCGGCGCGCGCUCGGAAGCGAUGCUCGUCACGACCAUUCCCGAGUCCCCGGGCUCGUUCAGCGACUUCGUCGAGGUGGGGUACUACGGCGCGGCGCCGCAGGACGCAGCGGAGGUCACGGAGUUCAAGUACCGCUACGACGAGUGCGCGGGGCAGGGCAAGGCGCACAUUCUGCACUCAGUGGCAGUCAAGUCGCGGGACGAGCUGAAGCGCAUGAUUGCGCGGCUCAACGGCGCGGGGUACCAGACGCGCGACCUCUCCGCAAUGGAAGACGCGCAGGUGCACCUGCGCCACCUCGUCGGCGGCCGCGCGGGCGCGGUGCGCAACGAGAGGCUCUUUGUCGUCGAGUUCCCGGAGCGACCCGGGGCGCUGAAGAUUUUCCUCCGGCCGUUCUCGCCGCGGUGGAACGUCACGGCGUUCCACUACCGGCGCUCCGGGAACCAGGUGUCGUCGGUCCUGGUCGGGCUGCAGGUCCCGGUCGAGGACGAGGGGGAGUUCAAGGACGCCGUAGCGGGGCUCGACAGCGGGUUCGCGUUCCGGGAGCUGUCCGCGGAGGCGUACGAGGCGUUCAAGUACUUUUUGUCGUAG